AAGAAGAAGGUCGUACACAGAACGGCAACAGCCGACGACAAAAAACUUCAGAGUUCGUUAAAGAAAUUAGCUGUCAACAACAUUGCUGGUAUUGAAGAGGUAAACACAGCUACCAUUAUACAUUUUGUGUAAUCUUAAGCUCUUAAAUGUUGUAUUUUGUUUGUUUCAUGCCUCCCUUAUACAGUGCCUUCAGAAAGUAUUCAUACCCCUUAUUCCACAUUUUGUUGUUACAACCUGAAUUCAAAAUGUAUUACAUCGACACACAAUACCCCAUAACGACAAAGUGAAAACAUGUUUUUUGAAAUGAUAGCAAAUUCAUUGAAAAUGAAAUACAGAAAUAUUUCAUUUACAUAAGUGUUCACACCCCUGAGUCAAUACUUUGUAGAAGCACCUUUUGCAGUAAGUCCGUAAAAGCUUUCCACUCCUGGAUUGAGCAACAUUUGCCUAUUAUUCUUUUCAAAAUUCUUAAAGCUAUGUCAAAUUGGUUGUUGAUCGUUGCUAGACAACAAUUUUUUAGGUCUUGCCAUAGAUUUUCAAGUAGAUUUAUGUUGAAAUUGUAACUCGGCCACUCAGGAACAUUCACUGUCUUCUUGGUAAGCAACUCCAGUGUAGAUAUGGCCUUGUGAUGUAGGUUAUUGUGAAUUCAUCUCCCAGUGUCUGGUGGAAAGCAGACUGAACCAGGUUUUCCUCUAGGAUUUUGCCUGUGCUUAGCUCCAUUCUGUUUAUUUUAUAUACCCAUAACAUGAUGCAGCCACCACUAUGCUUGAAAAUAUGGAGAGCGGUACUCAGGAAUGUGUUGUAUUGGAAUACUUUAUAUUCAGGACAAAAAGUUAAUUGCUUUGCCACAUUUUUUGCAGUAUACUUUAGUGCCUUGUUGCAAACAGGAUGCAUGUUUUGGAAUAUUUUUAUUCUGUACAUGCUUCCGUUUCACUCUGUCAAUUAGGUUAGUAUUGUGGAGUAACUAUAAUCUUGUUGAUCCAUCCUCAGUUUUCUCCUAUCACAGCCAUUAAACUCUGUAACUGUUUUAAAGUCACCAUUGGCCUCAUGGUGAAAUCCCUGAGCAGUUUUCUUCCUCUCCGGCAACUGAGUUAAGGAAGGACGCCUGUAUCUUUGUAGGGACUGGGUGUAUUGAUACACCAUCCAAAGUGUAAUUAAUAACUUCACCAUGCUCAAAGGGAUAGUCAAUAUCUGUUUUUGUGUGUGUGUGUGUGUGUAUUACCCAUCUACUAAUCGGUCCCCUUCUUUGCGAGGCAUUGGAAAACCUCCCUGGUCUUUGUGGUUGAAUCUGUGUUUGAAAUGCACUGCUUGACUGGGGGACCUUACAGUUAAUUGUAUGUGUGGGGUACAGAGAUGAGGUAGUCAUUCAGAAAUCGUUGUAAACACUAUUAUUGCUCACAGUGAGUCCAUGUGACUUCUUAAGCAAACUGUUACUCCUGAACUUAUUUAGGCUUGCUAUAACAAAGGGGUUCAAUACUUAUUGACUCAAGAAAUGUCAGCUUUUCAUUUGUAAUUAAUUUGUAAACAUUUCUAAAAACAUAAUUCCGCUUUGACAUUAUGGGGUAUUGUGUGUAGACCGUGACACAAUCUCAAUUUAAUCAAUUUUAAAUUCAAGCUAUAACCCCCCCCCCCCCCCCCAAAAAAAAAGUGGAGAAGGUCAAGGUGUGUGAAUACUUAUAUAUAAUAAAUGUUGAAGUCUCUUGCAUGGACUGCAGCCUAGAAUGACAUGGAGUAGAAUUUUAAAGUAAGCAACUCCCCCCCCCCCCCCCCCCCCCCCCCUACUGUCACCAGGUCAACAUGAUCAAGGAUGAUGGCACAGUGAUCCACUUCAACAACCCCAAAGUGCAGGCAUCUCUGUCUGCCAACACUUUCGCUAUCACCGGCCAUGCCGAGACCAAGCAGCUCACGGAGAUGCUCCCGGGCAUCCUCAGCCAGCUGGGUGCCGACAGCCUCACCAGCCUGCGCAAACUAGCAGAGCAGUUCCCUCGGCAAGGUGGGUUGGCCAUCAUGUAGACUCAUUAGGUUAGGGCUGGGGUAUAUUCACAAGGGACAAAACGUGGAGGGACCUACCAGAAUUUGUCAAAUAGACGCUCUCGUUUUUGUUGCAAAACGUUUUCUGUUGCAAAGAAAAGUUCUGCUACAGUUUGCACUAAUGAGUACACCCCUGGGGAUUAUUUUGAGACCUGAGGAGCGUCUUGAUGCUUAUUGCUUACAAUAUAUAUAUAUUUUUGCAGUGCUCGACAGCAAAGCCCCUAAAGCAGAAGAUAUUGAAGAAGAAGACGACGAUGUCCCAGGUAAGGAUGAUUCCGUUUGCAAGGGAAGUAUAUCAGACACUUCAGAGGAAACGUUGCAUCAUUUGAACCUGUAAAACCAUCCUUUGUUUUCCUCUCCCUUUCUCUUCAGACCUGGUGGAGAAUUUCGAUGAAGCAUCAAAGAAUGAAGCAAAC